AUGUCUGCCUCCAUCCUCGUCUCAACCUUCCCACCUUUUCCCACACUUUCCCUCUCAGCGCCGCUGGAUACUCCCUUCUCUGCCCUUGAUGGCCUCCUCGCCGAUCGUUAUCCCUCACUUCCUUCCGACCUGGUCCUAUCCCCGCACCGCGGCUCAGUUCCAUCUCCAGAGACUCCACUGUCGUUGCUGUAUGCUACAGACGACGAGGGAAGCAAUGGCCCAGCUCUGGUGAGCUUGCGCCUGGUUCCGAGGCUGAGAGGCGGCAAGGGCGGUUUCGGGUCGCAGCUGCGAGCCGCUGGUGGCCGUAUGAGCAGCCAGAAAACGAGUAACAACGACUCGUGCAGAGAUCUCAGUGGCAGGCGUCUGAGCACGAUCAAGGAAGCCAAGAGACUCGCAGAGUACAUCGAAAGUGAACCCGAGCGCAAGAAGGCCCAGCAGGAGACACAGAAAAAGAAAUUGGAGGCGCUGGAGAAGAAGCUCGGGAUCUCGUCAGACGGUUCUGGCCCUUCUGAGCCUGUUGCGGGAAGGAAACACCGCUUCGACGAUACAGAAUAUCUGGAGCAGAGCAGAGACAUCGUUGACAACGUCAAGAAUGCCGUUACUGCAGCUAUGCUGAAGAAGAGGAAGAAAGCCAAGACUACGCAUAGUCCGCCUGCGGCCGAACCUGCUAUAUCUGCGGCAACUCCAUCGGUGGAGACUUCAACGACAGAAGCUAUAGCAGACAAGAUACUCGAGUCACCUGCUACCAUUCCCGUCAUCGCCAUGGCCUCGGCCGCUGCUGGGCUAGCCGCUAGUGCAUGA